CCGCCCCUCUACCCUUUUUUUUUUUUUUCAUGUUAGUCGCGUUUCCCUUUUUCCGGCCUCCUCGCGCCCAGAGUGCCUGUUAUUGGAGGCGUAACCGUCGCCCUCGCGCCCCUCCUCCCACGAGAGACAGCGGCCUAACCGUCGAUUCCUCCGCCGCCGUCCUUUUCCUCUACAGCCCCGCCCCGCCCCUUCGCCCGUGCGGUACUGUGGCCUUUGGCGCCGAGUCCCGGUCAGGGCGGCCGCCGCUAUGUCCGACAAGGAGUUCAUGUGGGCCCUCAAAAACGGCGACCUGGACGAGGUGAAAGACUACGUGGCCAAGGGUGAAGAUGUUAACCGAACAUUGGAAGGUGGGAGAAAACCUCUUCACUAUGCAGCAGAUUGUGGACAGCUUGAGAUUCUGGACUUUCUUCUACUAAAGGGAGCUGAUAUUAACGCUCCAGAUAAGCACAGUAUCACUCCACUUCUUUCAGCAGUUUAUGAAGAUCAUGUGUCCUGUGUGAAAUUACUUCUGUCAAAGGGUGCUGAUAAGACUGUGAAAGGGCCAGAUGGACUAACUGCCUUUGAAGCCACUGACAAUCAGGCAAUCAAAGCUCUUCUUCAGUGACGGAUGGACUGAGAUCUAAUGUCUCUCCUGUGGCCUCACACUGCUGCCUGUCUAUCACUCUUUGUAUCUUCCAGCUUCUUCAGCUAAAUAUUGGAGAGGGAGGGCAAGAACACAGUAAAUCAGUCUAGUUAGGUACCUCUAUCAAAAAGAGAACAUGUUUGGAGAGUAGAAAUACAUAUAAUUGGUAUCUCUUUAGGACUUUUUACCCUGAACUAUUUUCCCCAUUUCUAGCAAAAGUAUACUUAUGUUGUGGAAGGGAAGAAGAAUGUGGUCUGUAAUGUAGCUUGUAAAUGACUUGCUGAAAGUUUGUAAAAUGGAAACUCUGUUCUUUAUUUUCUAAUAUGUAAAAGUAAUUAGCAGCCCAGCAUGUUGUACCGACACUUAACAAGCAAGGCAGUGGGAUAGCUUUUCUGUAGUUCUGUCCCUGUGCCUUAAAUAGAUUAUGUAAUGCUGAAGGGUUUUGCUGAUAAUGUCCCAGUAUUUAAUAAUUUAAUGUCAUUAUUAACAAGGAACAAAUAAUACAAGCAGGGCAAAUCUCCAGCAGAGGUGCUGAAAGAACAAUUUAAAUCAUGGGUUUUCUACCUUCCAAGAUGCAAACCAAUUACUUCUGGAGUAGAGCUUUUGAAAAACUUCUAAUUAGAAUGCCCUUCCCUAGAACAUCGUAAAGUACACUGGAACAAAAUGACUGUUCCAGAACUGUUGGUACUAGAAGAUGGUAGCUUUGCCUUCACUGUUUAAAUUCAAAAUAUCCUAAUGACUCUAUUUAACUUCAUUUUAAAGAAGGCAGGAGCUUCUAUUCUCUUAGCAUCAUCCUUGCCACAUUAAUCUGGUUAAAUGCAUGUACCUUUAAAAGGGGAUUUGAUUCACUAUUAAGCCAUUGCAUCAGACAAUGAUCAAAAUUAUAUACAAUUGAUAAAAUAGUCCUGAACAAUGACAGAUUGCAUCUACUGCCCAGUAACAGAUUACGGUUCAUACAAGUAAUUUCACAAGUCUUCAAUGUAGUGCUUUAAAAAUAUUCACAGGUAAGGAUUUGUAGUAUGCUAAUAUCUUGAUUGGGAUGGUAGGUCAAAUAGCAUUUAGAUAUUCUUAUUGAAAAAAGUCAAUACAUUUUGUAUCAUAAUAGUAAAAACUUCCCACUAAGAUUUUUAUUGGCUUUGAACAAGGUGUGCAGUGCAAUGUUGACUGUCAUCUAGGAAGUUCUGAUGUCUAGCACAUUUCAUAUGAUGAAUGUAGCUUUUCAGUUUAAAAACAUUUAACAUUUACUAUUGUACCAUCCUCUCAUCAGAAAAAAAGAAAGUGGGGAAAUGGACUUGUUAAGCAAUGUUAAUAUUGCAUCUUAAAUUGUAUGUUAUUUGUCCCUUGUCAAAGAUAUCACCUGUUAUACUCAGAUCGGUUAUCCAGCAUCCAUGGGGAAUAAACUUUAUUCUCCAAAGAUUGUUUUAAAAGUAGAUCUAUGUAAUAUAUUUUUGUAUUGGUGCAGAAAUGUGAUAUAAAAAUAAUAAACUUUGCAUGCACAGUCUACAUAAUCACAUAUUCACUUUCUUGUGCUGUGAUAAAAUGAAAGAUAUUAAUCCAAUAAAUUGAAUUUCAGAUUAAUUUUAAAAUUAAACAUAUUUUGUCCUAAUUGGCAUGGCCUAGUUGACAUUUGCCUUCAAGGGAUAUGAAAUAUUAUUCUAUUCUAGUGAAGCAUAAAUUAUGAUUAUCGUUUGAUCAAAUGUUUCUUCCAUUCUCUCCCCCCUCUCCCUCCCUCCCUCCUUUCACCCUCCCUCAUUAGAUACGUUGGAGCAUUUGUGCCUCUUCCUGCCCCCUUUUUUUCGCACAACUGUUUUUGCUCAUGUUUUCCUUGCACAUUUACAGGUAGAUUCCAGUGAAUAGCUCCUAACACCUGCCUUAUACUUAUUUGUUCAGGGUUAUUGAACGUAUAUUUGCCCUUUCUCUGCUAUUCAUUUAAGAAAUCAGGCUAACUUUAGAUUUUUUUUCUUUUAUUUUGUACUAAAAUGUGGUUUAUAUCCUAAAAUUCAGGAUCUGAUAAUAUUAGC